UCUUCCAACCAGUCACAACUCGCCACUGCACCAAUAAGCCGGCCGGUCCGUGCGAUCCAAGAGUAUCAGACUGUAUACGUAGCCAUGCUCGGGAGGAGAAACAAUGGGUCGCCGACGACGUCGAAGGCCCGAGCAGACGGCGCGGGCCUCGCCGGCGCCAGCACCGUCGUCGCCGACGGCGGGCAGGCGGAGGUGGCCGCGUCGCAGUUCGUCGUGCAGCUAGAUGAGGCGGCCCGGGAGAGGCUGGAGCGCAUGAACCGGAGGCUGAGGCUGCUGGAGCAGCAGAUGGAGAUGCUGGAGGCGGAGGUCGGGAGGGCCAGCAGCACCGCCGACGACUAGGAGUAUACCGGCGCCGCCCCUCGUCGGAGAGACCAUAGCUAGAAGUAGAAGCCUUCCUUUCCUUCUUUUCCCUUCUCAGCUUCUCGCUGAUGGAAGAACACGCACGCACGGUGAUAGUAUCAUGCGCGCUUGUUAGGCCUUCCUUUUCUUGUGGUGAUGAAAGAACAUGGCUGUGACUAUGGCUAUAGUGAAUCACGGUUGUAUUCCUGAAGCCUUUUGCCACAUUUUGGGAGUGAGACGGACCUUCGAUCCCUGCUUGGUUUGACUCUCAGGCUCGUUAUGGAAAAGUAUGACGAUGGGCUCAUCCUGUCGCUUUCGUCUCCGGUGGAAAAUGGCUGCCGUUCCAAGCAUGCAUGAUGGAUCUCUGAAUUGUCGCUUGCUGUACGAUCUUCCUACAGCAAAGUUGGUGUUGAUGGAGACAGGAUUAAACUCCCCGUUUAGGGCGGACUGUAUCAGAUCAUCUGUACAGCUACCCCAACACCUUACUUAAAUUAAAGACUUCUACCAGAUUUCCGCUUCAUCUUUCUCCUCAGCUGACGUGCAGGUAGGAGAAAGUCCCACUUCACCACAACACUAUGUACUUACAUUAGAACCCUGGGUUUUCACUUCAGUUUUGGGUGAAACUUUAUACAGCACAAUUCCCUUGUUGGAACUAAAUACAUUCACCGAACCAUACAUUUUUCUUGUAUACAUGCUCAUGAUACAAACAUAUAGCACAUCGACAUCAAACUAAAAAAAAAAGGAAGAAAACGCCGAAUUACCGAGACGCAACAAGACUCG